UUUUGAAACUUUUUUUUUGGCAAAUUGGAAAUGUUUUAUUAUAUUUAAAUAAAAAAUACAUCCUUUUUGGGAUUUAAUGUAUACCUUUUUAUUUUUUUGUUGUUUUAUAAUGAAUAAAUAAUUUUUUUUUACUUUUUUGUGGUAAUUUGAAUUAUGCCUUUUCAAGCAGAAUUUUAUUUUUACUUACGCCCCAAAGUUCUGCUUGAAGGCCUAAUUUUGUCUACGUGAGAUUUUUUAAUCCACAUGCACUUGGAUAAUUUUUUAAGUUUUUUUAUGACAUAUAUAAAUGUCCCGCCCUUUGGUUUUUAUUCAUUAUAUAAUUUAAAUAACUUUACAAUCAAUUUGUAUUCAUAAUCGUUCAUACAAUCAGCUUCAAGUUGCAUUCUCUCUUUGAAAGUUGAAUUCUCUUACUGGAAGUUCCAUUUUGAGUGUGAGUUUGAAUUCAUAACCGUUCAUAUAAUCAACUUCAAGUUCCAUUCUCUCUUUCAAAGUUGAAUUCUCUUACUGGAAGUUCCAUUUGAUGUUGUAUUGCGAAAAUUUUUGUGAAGUUAUUGGCACAGUUCAAGAACCUACUAUGCUAUCAUACGAGAGUGGACGUGCUCCACAAUUUGGAAGUAUAAAGAAUUUGCUUGUCAAUGAAGAGUAUUAUGAAAAGCGACAUGAAAGAGUUGUUGAUGAAGGCCAUAACACUGUUGAUGAAAAUGUUAAUGAAAGCCCUUCUACAGAGGAUCAUGCUGAGGUUGGCCACUCCUCCUUGUAUAUCAGUUGUAUGCCUAAAACUUGAGCAAAUAAGCUGUUGAUAGUUGUUUCUUUCCCUUGUCAACCAAAAUGUGUCCCAAGUUUGGUCCGUUGCUGCACAAGUUGGCCAAUGCUCCAUGUAUAGCAGAUGUAUAUCCGCUUAUAUCAACAAUGCACUUGUGUAUCUCUGCAAUCCUGUAAAAAUCAUGAAUGCACAUGUAUAUCCUUUGUCUAUUAGUAACACAAGAGAGUUUUU